AUGAUAUGUUGUGCAGUUUGGGCAAACAUCGGCUUCCAUAACCCAAACCACGGGCGAAAUCUACCCACUCUGUCUACCCAACUCGGGAGAUUUCGCUUUAUAAAUUCAAUCCUAUUUCUUCAUUUCUCUAGAAAAAUUUUGGGUUUUGGGUUUUGAUUCUGGAAUUUGACGAGAUGAUGGGUAAGAGACCACGUCCGAUCAUCGGGAAAUUGUCUGAGUUGUUGGUUUCAGUUGGGAACCAUACUGUGGUUUCUGAUGUCAUUACGAGCCCCAGAAGCCCAUUGAAUUUCAAAAUCCAAUCGCCGAAAAGUAUGAAGAACUACGAUCUAGGUGGGGUUGGGUUAGGAAUCGUUGCAGCGCUGGAGAAAUCCGGUGACUGUUGCGGCAGGUUGGCUGUCCGCUGCUCGAAUUUGAGUCGAUUGAUUGCCGCCGGUAAGGUUCUCAACAAUUCCCGUAAAAGUUUAGGAGCAUGUGGAGAUUGGGAAUCUGAAAAUUUGGAGAAUUAUACUUACGUGACUUGCCAUGGACCCAAUAAUAAAUCGUUCACUAAGGUGUAUUACGAUGGCCACGAACAGAAGGAAAGCAACAUCCCCGUCCCGCCAAAGGAACCGGUGACAUGGUUUCUAGAAGAUGUUUCCCCAUACCCAACUUCGGAUUUUCUCAGUUCAUGCCAUUUGUGCAGGAAAAAUCUCCACGGCAAAGACAUCUACAUGUACAGAGGGGAGAAAGGGUUCUGUAGUUCGGAGUGUAGAUCGAGGCAGAUAAUGAUGGACGAGCGCAGAGAACAGCAGUGCCGAUCGGAAGCUUCAAGAUCGGGAAAAGUCACGAACUCGGCACAUAACGCCGGCCAAAUAUUCUGGACCGGUAUUCUUGCAACCUAGCGGAAGCAGAGUAUAUUAAACAAAAACAACACACCGGACGGGAGACAAGAAGUAAUCAACAAUCCGCAAUGGCAAACCAAAUCAUAACCAAAAUAUAUAUAUAUAUGUAUCAAAAAAAGCAAAAUUUUGUUAUUGAAGAGAGUUUUGUAGAACUGAGAUAUAUGGUUGAUUUUGAGUCCUGUUACAUUUUUGCAAACAGUUGUUGAAGAAAUUCUUCUUUUUCUGUCUUUCUUCAUGCAUGGUAAUGUGUAGUGUAGUGUAAACAAAGUGAAAGAGCCUGUAACGGGUGAUAAGAGGGUCAAAAGGGUGAGAAAGAGUUGUGAUUUCGAAGGCGAAGGCUGGCGAGUGAACAUUCGUCACCCUUAGGCUGUGGGUGUUAACAGGCUAUAAGAUCAUGUCAGUCGUUGCUUUCAUAUUAAUAUAUUUCAUUUAUAUAUUGUAAUAUUGAUACGUGGCUUAAUUAAAGUUAUGUAUUUUAAUAAAUGAGCUCAUUUUGC